CGAGCGCUCCCUCCAGAGCUCCCCGCCUGCCGCCCCGUCCUCACCCUCCUCGGUCGCCUCCCGCCGAGGCUCGGCUCCCGUCCGCAGCCACCACGUGCGACCUCCCCUCCCCUGUUCCUGAGAAUCUCCGUAGGUCGGCAUGGGGUGACCAGAUCGGUGCUCUCCAGCUGAAUUCUGCUCGCGGCUCGUCUCGGAGGCAGCGGAGAUGGCGAGCGCCGGCGUGGCGGGCUGCUCAGGGAGUGCUGGCGAUGCUUUGUUCAGGGAACUCUGGCAUGCUUGUGCUGGGCCGUUGGUCACAGUGCCUCGCCAAGGCGAGCUGGUUUACUACUUCCCACAGGGUCAUAUGGAACAGCUUGAAGCAUCUACAGAUCAACAACUUGAUCAGCACUUACCUUUGUUUGAUCUACCACCCAAGAUUCUCUGCAAGGUGGUCAAUGUAGAACUUAGAGCUGAAACUGAUUCUGAUGAAGUUUAUGCUCAAAUUAUGCUGCAACCAGAAGCAGAUCAAAGUGAGCCCACCAGCCCAGAUUCUGAGCCACCGGAGCCUGAAAGAUGCAACGUCUAUUCCUUCUGCAAGACCUUGACUGCUUCAGAUACAAGUACCCAUGGUGGAUUCUCUGUCCUCAGGAGGCAUGCUGAAGAAUGUUUGCCCCAACUGGACAUGACUCAGAAUCCACCAUGGCAAGAACUGCUGGCUAAAGAUCUCCAUGGAAAUGAAUGGCAUUUCCGUCACAUCUUUCGAGGGCAACCAAGGAGGCAUCUACUUACGACAGGUUGGAGUGUUUUUGUUAGCUCAAAAAGAUUGGUUGCUGGUGACGCGUUUAUCUUUUUGAGAGGUGAGAACGGAGAGCUGAGAGUUGGGGUAAGGAGGCUCAUGAGGCAACUAAAUAACAUGCCAUCUUCGGUUAUCUCAAGCCACAACAUGCAUCUUGGAGUCCUAGCAACUGCAUCUCAUGCCAUCUCCACAGGAACUCUCUUUUCUGUUUUCUACAAACCUAGAACAAGUCGAUCGGAAUUUGUCGUUAGUGUAAAUAAGUACCUUGAAGCUAAGAAUCACAAGGUGUCUGUUGGCAUGAGGUUUAAAAUGAGAUUUGAGGGUGAUGAAUCUCCUGAAAGAAGAUUAAGUGGGACAAUUAUUGGUCUGGGAAGCAUGCCAGCUAACUCAACUUCUCCAUGGGCUAACUCUGAUUGGAGAUCUUUGAGGGUCCAAUGGGACGAGCCUUCUGCUAUUCUGCGUCCAGAUAGAGUUUCACCAUGGGAACUAGAACCCCUUGAUGCAACUAAUCCACAACCACCUCAACCUCAUUUACGGAAUAAGCGUGCACGACCCCCUGCUUUACUUUCUAUUGCUCCAGAACUUCCUCAAGUUUUUGGUUUUUUGAAAUCCCCAGCUGAGCCUGCCCAAGCUUUCUCAUUUUCAAGACCGCAGCAAACUCAGGAAUUAUACCAUUCAAAUCCCAGUUCAAUCUUCUCAUCAUCGUUGAAUGUAGGAUUCAGUUCAAAGAAUGACCGUUCUACUCCAAUCAACAGUCAUUUGUACUGGACAAUGAGGCAGACAAGAACUGAAUCCUACUCUGCUAGCAUUAACAAAGCUCCUACUGAAAAGAAGCAAGAAUCUGCUACUUCUGGCUGCAGAUUGUUUGGCAUUGAGAUAGGUUCUGCAGUAUCACCAGUGGCUACUGUUGCUAGUGUUGGCCAGGAUCAGCCACCUGCUCUCUCAGUAGACGUUGAAUCUGAUUAGCUGUCACAGCCAUCCAAUGCCAACAAAACGGAUGCCCCAGUGGCAAGCAGCGAGCGCUCUCUUAACGAGUCAGAGAGCCGGCAAGUCAGGAGCUGCACCAAGGUAAUCAUGCAAGGAAUGGCGGUUGGCAGGGCAGUGGACUUGACAAGGUUAGAUGGGUAUGCUGAUCUCCACCGCAAGUUGGAGGAGAUGUUUGAUAUCCAGGGAGAGCUUUCUGCCAACCUCAAGAAAUGGAAGGUCAUUUACACAGAUGACGAGGAUGAUACGAUGCUGGUCGGGGACGAUCCAUGGAAUGAAUUCCUCAGGAUGGUAAAAAGGAUAUACAUUUACUCUUACGAGGAGGCCAAGUCUUUGACUCGCAAGGCGAAGCCGCCGGUUGUUGGUGACACCAUCAAGCCAGACCCAAACAAAUUGCCACCGGAAUCUGACGUGCCACAUGACUCAAACAACAAUGCUCCCGUUGCUGCUGAUUAUCAGGACUGAUGGAUGCUAACUUGGCUCCUACCUUUUCUUUCCCCUCUUGGAUGUCGGUCAUGGGAGGCAAUGCACGCUCCUUGGGACUUGUAAGAGUUAUCUGUUUUGUUGCUUCGCGGGCCCAAAGGACGCUUCCCUGCACCAUCUGCCUUUGUUUGGAACGGCUUGGACCGCCGUGGUCCUUUUACCUGCAGCAAGGAAAGGAAUGGCUGGGAGGGAAUGGAUACUGGUAUCGUUCCGUGUGUGGCACCCCGUGAUCUGUUUGCCGUGCUUUGUAGGAGGCAUGGCGUAUUGCCGGGUACUUUGGUUUUGGAGACUGCUACUGACUGCUGCCGUCGUCGGGCCGCUCCUCUCACCUCUGGUAAAUAGGACUUUGUACACAAUUAUUUUGUUAGUAGCAGUAUAUGUACAUCAUCGGUCGUGUUGCUUGCUACAUGUACUCCUAUGUAGCAUCCUCCCCUGCAUUUUAGUCCUGGCUAGGUAUCAGAUGCUCUGGUGCAAAAAUGUCUCUGCUUGUUCCAACGGCAUGCUCUUUUCGGCCCGUGCUGCCUUGCUGGGUGUCGUGUGUGCCUUUUCGGUUGGAACAUUGCUGCCACCGCCCGGCAUUUGGUGCUUUCUUGGUGUUAUGUGUCUGC